UUGAUCAAAGUGAUAAAUUUUUAAUCCUUGAAACUUUUUAAUCAGAUGAUUCGUCUCAAUCAAAAUAAUAACAGUAAUUGUAACCAAGGAAACUAAUGAAUCUUUUUUGUAAUCACAAAAUUAUUUUCAGUUAAUCAGUUUUAAUCUAAUUGUUUCAAUAUUCAUUUCAGUUUACCAUGUUUUCAUCCAAUGGACCAACAAUUAAUCAAAGAACAUCAUCUUCACUGAUUAACAAUAUUCAAUCAAUAAAUAAUCAUGAUAAUAAUAUUUCAUUGAUUGGAACUGAUGAUGAUCAACUGAUUAAUCUGAAUCUCGAAUCAUUAAGUUUAUCUCCUAAAUCACGAAGUGAGACUCGACAAGGCCAAAGAAAUGUUGAAUCUUCAACUGAAUUAACUAAUGAUUACGAAAAUCAAUCGAAUCACCUAUUUACUUCAUCUUCAAAUGAAUCAAAUAAAUUUGAAGGUCGAAAGCGACGUGGGUCACUUUUCGAAGAUGACCAAACUGUUCAAGAAGUUCGAACAUCAUCAUCAUCAUCUUCCCGGCUUUUCUCAAUGAAAACUGCGGUAAAUCGACCUCGACAAUUAAUAGAAUCGGAAGAAAACGAAACGAUUCCAUUUAUUCCCGAUAUCGAUGAACUAGAUGAUCCAAACGGUAAAGGAUCAACUGAUGUUCCAAAUAAUUUUCUCGUUAAUAAACUAAUCAGUUUACAAGAACUUGAAACUGAUAUAAUUAACCAUCAAGCCUUUUCUAAUCUCUGUUCAACCGAUUCGACAAUUUUAUCAUCUCGAUUAAUUGCUCAACCAUUGGUCAAAGAAGACGAUGUACCUUGGACAUGGGACAGUUUGAUUUCAGAAGUUUCAUCUUAUAUUGAACCGAACAACGAAUAACAAUCAAAAUAUUAUCUCAACAAAUUGUAGAAAUCGAUAAAACUACAAAUAUUACCUUAGAUAUAAAUCUUCCUGAAUAAUAAGUAAAGUUGAUUAUUCAAUUUAUUUAUAAAACAAAAAGUUUCAAUUGACUGAUUUUCUGAUCAUCAAAUCAAUCAAAUUGGUUUAAACGGAAGUUUAAAAGAAACAAUAAAA